AUGUAUGGUGGUGAACUCAAUUUAGAGGAGUGGAAUUCUAGAUUAUUGACUUUACGAACCGAAAUUGAGAAUGUCGCUUUAGAGAAAGAUCCCGAAACCUUUGUUCUGACGGAAAAACCAGUGACAGAGAAUGAGGAAGAGCCAGUGACAGGGGAUGAGGAAGAACCAGAACAAGACGAGGACACUGAAAUGAAGGAUGCAUCGGCAAUCGAAAACGAGAUAACAGAAGAAGCAGACAAAGAGAAUCAACCAGAGACGCAAUCAGACAAUCCAUCAGAGAAUCCUACAGAGCGUCCUACUACUACUACUACUACCCCCACCACUACCACAGUAUCACCUGAAAAGUUACAACAGUUGGUAUUGAUGCGUACAUUCCAUGUAGAUGCAGUAAAGUUUAUCGAACAGAUCCAUAUUGCCAUUCCCAUCAUUACUCAGCUUUUAUCAUCCAAAUCCAAAGCCGAAGUUUUAGAGUCGAUGGACUUUUUAGUAAUUGGAUAUAAUUACAAAGUGAAGCUCUCGACUGAUGGUAUCAAAAAAAUGCUUCAUUUGAUUUGGACCAAGGAUACCAGUGACGAAGGUAAAGGUAUUAAGAUGAAACUUUUGUCGUGUUAUGAAAACCUCUAUUUGAGCAUCGACAGCAAACGUUCCAAGAAGGACAACGUAUCUCGUAUUGCUAAAAACCUGAUUGAAUUGACGUACAAUACCAACUUGGCAGAACUUACCUCUCUGGAACAGGUCUUGAGUACAUUAAUGAAAGAAAAUAAGGUUGCCUAUGACGUGAUUGAGAAACUAUGGUCUGUGUAUGGAUUUACAAAGGGUAGAAUUCAAAAGUCACAAAGAAGAGGCGCCAUUAUUAUUUUGGGCAUGCUGGCCAAAGCUAAAACAAAAAUCGUGUCCGAAAAGAUUGAUCUGAUGUUAAAGAUUGGGUUGGGUCCACUUGGUAAAGCGGAUCAGAGUCUCUCUAGGUAUACAUGUAUGGCCCUACAACGUUUAGAAGGUAUCAAGACAAAAGAAAAGGGCCGUGGUGUACAAGAAGGUAUCCGUUUCCCGAUCCAACACCCUAUCUUUUCAAGAUUAAAGGAUGUCAUUGAGAAUACAACCGCAAAUACAGAAUGGUUUUCUCUUGCUGAACAGGCCAUCAAUACGAUUUACAAACUUUGUGAAAACCCUGAAAUCUUGUGCGAAACCAUUAUUCGAGACAAGACGAUCAAGGUCUUUGGUAUGAAGGAAAUCGUAGAGGCUACAAACAAUGAUUUGGAUUCACCCAAUGAUGCUAUGGCCCUGGACUACGACCUAAGUAUGACACAACAAGCAUUACCUUUCCCUCAACAUGCAAUCCAUCAAAGCUCUAGUGAACUAUCUCAGUUACUAUUUUUAGUGGGACAUAUUGCACUAAAACAAAUUGUUCACCUGGAAAUCAUUGAAUCUGCUUGGAAGCGUAAGAAGGCUCAAAAGGAGACAGUAGAGAGUGGAAACAAUGAGAAGACAGAGGUAGAUGAUGAAUUAGAGCAAGUGGGUGGAACCGCUGAAGACGAUAUUGGUGAAGCGUUAAUUCGAAUUCGGGAAAGAGAAAUUUUAUUUGGCCCUAAUUCGUUACUUGGAAGAUUUGGUCCCUUAUUAUCUGAAGUAUGUGCACGUAAUAAGGUGUAUACGGAUCGUACAUUACAAAUCACUGCAACACUUGCAUUAGCCAAGUUUAUGUGUGUCAGCUCUGAUUUCUGUGAAAAGAAUCUUCAAUUGUUAUUUACAAUUUUAGAGAAAUCUAAAGAUGCAACGAUUCGUAGUAAUAUAGUGAUUGCGUUGGGUGAUAUGGCAGUUUGUUUCAAUACUUUGAUUGACGACAAUAUUACGUUCUUGUACAAUCGUUUAUCAGAUAGUGAUACGAUUGUGAAAAAGAACACGGUGAUGGUAUUGACGCAUUUGAUCCUGAACGGCAUGGUAAAAGUGAAAGGACAAAUCAGUGAAAUGGCGAAAUGUUUAGAAGAUAGCGAUCAACGUAUUGUGGAUCUUGCUAAAUUAUUCUUUACGGAAUUAGCUAGUAAAGACAAUGCGAUCUACAACAAUUUACCUGAUAUUAUUAGUAAUUUGACAAGUACGCAACCUGAAAGAUUGGAAGAAGAGUCGUUUAAACGCAUCAUGAAAUUUAUCUUUUCAUUUGAUUUUACUGAAAAGGAAAAGCAAGCUGAGAAUAUUGUGGACAAGUUGUGUCAACGUUUUUUGACGGCACAGGAUGAAAGAAAUUGGCGUGAUAUUGCUUAUUGUCUCUCUCUUUUACCUUUUAAAACAGAAAAAACAUUUAAAAAGCUAUUGGAGGGCUGGCCUUCUUAUCAAGACAAAAUUCAUGAGGAUGCAGUGCAUAAAAGUUUCUUGGAAAUCAUUUCAAAGGGUCGAUUCCAGAAAACUCAAAAACCUGAAUUAAAAGCACUUAUUGACGAAUUGGAACAAAAAGUAGAGAAACAAAGAGGCGGUCCUGAAGUUGUUGAAAAACCUGAUAAAACAACAAAAAAAGCAACAAGAGUUGUGAAAACGGAACGAAGAAAGAGUAAGCAAAGCACUACUGCUACUGUUUUACCCACAAGAGAAUUGCGAAAGAGAAAGAGAGUGAUUCAGGAAGACGAGUCAGAAGAAGAGGAAUUUGAUAUGGGGUCUGAAGUUGAAAUGGAGGAAGCUGCUGAUGAUGAUGAUGACGAAGAAGAAGAAGAGGAAGAGGUACUUGCGCCUAGAAGAAGAAAUAGAUCUAGUCAAGAACAAAAGAAGAGCAAGGAGGAGGAGGAGGAGGAGGAGGAAGAUGAGGAGGAGGAGGAAGACGAUGACUAA